AUGGAGACUCCCAGCAUAAAUGGACGCAUGCUUGAGGAUAUUGAAGAUGAAGAUCAAUCUCUUCCCCGCAAACGCCGCACCCGUCGCUCUGGCGCUCUGCCCAAGAAGCUCCCCGCCCCUCUGUAUAAAGCGACGGUGAAGGAGCUAGCAGACAAGGUGCGAACAAAGUCUUCUUCCACUGCCAACAUUGACAAAGCCAUUACGGAGCGGAUCAAAAAGUGCCUGGAGCGCGCAAACCAUCCAAACACACCCGAGGCAGAGGCCAAGACAGCUUUGCAUCUAGCAUCACGAUGGAUGGCACAAAACAAUGUAACGCAGGCCGAACUCCUCGCUCAUGAGGCACCCGAGCAGCAAAAGCAAUAUGCCGGGCAAAGCAUCGUCGCAAUCAUUCGCCUCGACGGCGACAAGUACAAGUCCGUGAGACAACAAAGCUACGUCGGCGCUCUAAUGAGCGCCAUGAAUACCUUUUUCGACUGUAAAUCUUACACGACAAUGGGGCGCUCGUCCUUGCAUCUGACAUUCUACGGCAUUGCGGAAAACACGGUAGCCGCGGCCAUGGCCUUUGAAAUGGUGUACAACUCCAUUGCCGAGUGGGCUAGACCAUACAAGGGCGUGGCUAGCAAGAACAGUUAUGCCCACGGUUUCUGCAAUGAGCUACUCAGACUCGCCGUCAAGGAGAAGAAUGAUGAGAUGAUGCAAGCCCGGAAAGCUGAAUCCGAUGCUACUGCUGCUCGGGCCAGGGAAGAGGAGAACGAGAGGCUGAGACAGCUAUCCCGGCUAGCUCCCGGUAGAGAAGACCGCACUGGGGCCCUUUCCGACUCCGAGCCACCAACGGUCAAGGCCGAACACGGUGACACGACAGAUGAGUCGGAUGACGAACGUGAUUGUUCCGAGGUCAAGCUGCCCACCACAGAGGCGGACACGGACUCGGAUGACUUCCUGGAACCGGACUUUGAUGACACGGACGAGAAGCCACUGGGUGCCUUCGAUGACCUCGAGGUGGAAAUCAAGAAAUCAGUUAAGAUUGAACGGUCACCUUCAGUGGUAUUCUUGGGUGAAAAAUGUGUUGCGCCAGAUUUUGUUUCACCUGGCAAGACCAAAGAUGGUAUACUUGAAACGGACGACGCUGAGCCAGAGUCCAAGUGGGCUUCCCACAGUCAACUCGUGACUUUCCGCAAGACGGCACUCCAGAUUGCAGAUGACUACUUGCAAGACCAGGAUCUUAAGCUUCGCAAGAAAUCAGCACAAACUUCGAUCAAGGAUCGGGCCGCAUACAAUCAGGGGAAGGAAGACAGCAAAAAGGUUGACGUGCAUAGGAAAAGAAUAACAGAAGGAAAAGAAUGGCAGGAUCAAUCUUCGUUGGCGGGUUAG